AUGUCGCGAAAGCCCGCGGAUGUGGCGUCGAAAGAGCGCAACGAAUACAUUCCCUCUUUCAUCUCGAAGAAGCCAUUCUACGUCGACGAUGAAACAGACAAUGACUACCUCGAGCAUCAACGUCUCCAAAAGACAAGUGCCGAUCAGUCUAAAUGGUAUGACCGAGGCAAGCGUGCAGGCCCGGCGGCCACGAAAUACCGCAAAGGCGCAUGUGAAAACUGCGGCGCGAUGACGCACAAGACCAAAGAGUGCCUCAGUCGACCCCGGAAGCAUGGCGCUAAAUGGACCGGCAAGGAUAUACAAGCCGAUGAGAUUAUUCAGAAGGUCGACAUGGGAUGGGACGCAAAAAGAGACCGUUGGAAUGGCUAUGAUGCCAGCGAGUAUCGCCAAGUUGUCGAAGAAUACGAAGAGAUGGAAGCACUGAAACGAAUGGCAAAGGACAACCAGGCUCUCAAGAAGCUCCAGAAUGGCGAAGAUGGCGAUGACGACCUCGAAGAAGAUAUCCGGUACGCCGAAGAGUCCGACAUGGGCCGACAGCAGAGCACCGCAACCCGUAAUCUACGUAUCCGAGAAGACACCGCGAAAUACCUGCUUAAUUUGGAUCUCGAUUCCGCCAAAUACGACCCCAAGACACGCCGAAUGGUAGACAUGGGCGCGCAGGAUGACCAGGCAUCGGCACUUGUCGCCGAGGAAAACUUCGUCCGAGCUUCAGGCGAUGCUGCGGAGUUCGAAAAAGCCCAGCAGUAUGCCUGGGAAUCCCAGGAGAAGGGUCAUCCACAACUUCACAUCCAGGCCAAUCCAACCUCCGGAGAAGUUCUCAGAAAGAAAGAGAAAGAGGAGAGUGAGGCGAAGCGUCAAGCCCAUCGCAAAGCUCUACUGGAUAAAUAUGGCGGUGGAGAGCACUCGCAGCCGAGUGCACUGCGCGAUACUAUGGUUGUUGAAAACGAGCGCUUCGUUGAAUAUGACGAGAGCGGUGCCAUCAAGGGCGCACCCAAGAAAGCGACCAAAUCCAAGUAUCCUGAGGACAUCAUGGUCAACAACCAUGCUUCGGUCUUCGGUAGCUGGUGGUACCGGUUCCAAUGGGGAUACGCCUGCUGCUAUUCCACUGUCAAGAACAGUUACUGCACCGGUGAGGACGGAAAAAAGGCCUUCGAGGAAGAGGGCAACAUGCUGCGGAUGCUCGAGGCAAAUGUCGAAAAUGAGAAGCGCGCUGAUGAUGCGGGUCUUCCCCAAGAGUCUAGCCAAAGGAACCCGGAUGAGGAGAAGGAACCAAACUCCAAUGCAAAGAAGCGGACUUUGGAGGAGCUCCAGUCAGGGAUCACAGAGGAAGAGCUUGAGUCUUACAAGCGAAGUCGGCAGGCUGCUGACGACCCGAUGGCCAAAUUCAUCGGGAAAGAUGAUUUCUGA